AUGACUCUAGUCUCCUCUCCACUUUCGACUUCCGAUCAAAUGUCCGAACCACCAGCGGCUUCACCCACACCUACAGAAAACUGUACGGAGAACUGUGCUCCGAGCACUCCACUCGAGCCUCCGAUGUCGCAAUCGUGCUCAAGUUGUAAACAAUUGCACGAUGAUGUCAUCAAAACCGUAAAGCACAUCAACAACAAGCUUGAUCAGAUAAUGCUAAGGGUGGAGACACUUUUUGCUGAACGACAAUUCACCCCAUCACCCCUCAAUUCAGAGGCAGCUCCCAGUCCAGCUCCCCUACAAAAUCAUUUGACCGCUAUCUUGAAUGGAGCGACAAAUAAUGGCGGCAGCCGAAAACGAAAACCCCAAAAGGAGGCUUUGCACAAAGUGGAGCACAACAAAUUGGAUGCCUUGCACAAUAUGCUUGUCAAGGUGGAAGCAAACUGUACCCCAAACGGAAUGGAGACUCCAAUCAAGGCAGAGCUUCAAGAGCCGAAGACACCGACCUCGACAAUCCCCUCGGCGCUUCGUCCUUCCACCGACAAUAACCGAACCCAAAAUCCGACCACUCCACAAAUGAAUGACAAUUCGUUGAAUUUCGCGAAUAUUCUUUACGGCGGUGCUCGACCUGAUGGCAUCCCUGAGUUGAGCCAACAACAGCAUAUCCUCAAUUUACUCAUGCAACAAUCACUAGCAAAUGGAGUGAAUGGACAAGAUGAUGGACAAGACGGAAAAGGACAAGAGCAGGAAGUGCAUGAUGCUAGCGUGUCCCGAUGCAGCAAUUGCAACACGACGAAAACGACCGCAUGGCGCCGCGACUUUGAGGGAAAACUUGUGUGCAACGCCUGCGGCCUUUACUAUCGUUUGCAUCGGACUCACCGUCCCGUUCACAUGCGCAAGGAUUUCAUUCAACAGCGAUUCCGUCGUCGUGACAGAAACGAGGAUUCGACCUCACCGUCGGCAAUGAUCAAUCAACUCCUUUCACUUAGCCAAGCAGCACAAGUGCCGGUCUCAAUGAAUCCAUUCAACAUUUUCGAUCAACUCAGCCAACAACUGGCCGCCAACGGUCAUCAAAUGGAUCUCAACGGUAGUGGAAAUGUG